AAAGUACAAAAAACAUAGAAAGGAAACAGAAAGACAAAGGAAAGAGAGUUACAAAACAAAAGAUUCGAUUCUAUAAAAUCAAUCUGUAAAACAAACAAUUGUCAACUCAAUUUCCUUCCUUUUUCCCUACAAUUUCAUCAUCAUUAAUCUCACAAACUCCACUUUAUAAAAACCGAAUUGCCCAAAAAAUUGUAUCAAACACAAUCCCAAAAAUCCCAUUAAAAAAUUGAAAAAAGAAUAUAAAAAAUGGCGGGAAUGAUGAAAUUGUUAAUAAGUGAUACAAUCUUGUCAUUCAUGUGGGUAUGGUCAAGUGUUUUAAUCAAGAUUUUUGUACAUAAAUACUUAGGUUAUACCCAUCAUGAAUCAGCUGGUGAAAUCAUUAGGUCUUCACUUUCUAUAAUUAACAUGUUUUUGUUUGCUUUUCUUGCUAAAGUUACUAAUGGUGGGGCUUAUAAUCCACUCACUGUUUUGACUUCUGCUAUUUCUGGAAAUUUUACUAAGUUUUUGUUUACUGUUGGCUCAAGAAUCCCUCUUCAGGUAUUUGGAGCAAUUAUGGGGGUCAGGCUUAUCCUUCAUACCUUUCCGGAAAUAGGACGUGGGCCAAAGCUGACCGUUAGUCUCUAUCAAGGUGCAUUGACUGAAGGGUUAUUGACCUUCACAAUUGUCCUGAUUUCACAUGGACUUUCUACAAAAAUACCUGGAAGUUUUUUCAGGAAAACUUGGAUUAGUAGUGUCUCAAAACUUGCUCUUCAUAUCCUCGGAUCAGAUCUUACUGGUGGAUGUAUGAACCCUGCUUCUGUAAUGGGGUGGGCUUAUGCUCGUGGUGAUCACGUAACCAAGGAGCAUCUACUUGUUUAUUGGCUUGCACCUAUGGAGGCAACUCUAUUGGCAGCAUGGACGUUUAGGUAUCUUGUACGCCCAUCAAAACAAGAGAAGGAGAAAAAGGUUAACUGAAAAGCGAUGGAAUUGGAAAUUACGGAUUCUUUCAGAUGGCCUCAUAUUGUGUAUCUUAACUAUGUGUGCCAUCUGAUCUUGUUAAAACAUAAAUGGACAUGCGCUCCAAAAUAGUAAACACACUUGUGGAUCUACUUGUAGGCCAUUUGUUCACAGGAGCGUAAUUUUGUACAUGGAAAUGAUUUUAUUCUGGUAUAUAUCUCAUUCGUUCUGGAAUUCUGGUCAAA